AUGAUCAGUACAUCGAUUUAUCACAGCAAAGGAGGUCGCCCUCCAAUUUCGUCACCAUCUGCUAAAGGACGAAACGUCGGUUUCAUCAGCCCACAAGCCAUCAAAAUCCAUAGCUACACCCAGGCGGUUGACACUCCCAAAAUGAGUAACGGUCACCAUGACAAUCAGAACAGUCCCAACUCUACCAACUAUUUCGACCGAGUGCGCAAAGAAUCGGCUGGACAUACUCCCUUUACCAUCUUUGACGCCACGGCCUCUGUCCCUACUCAUACUUACAAGAAUGCAGCGGUUGGAUCCUCCGCUACUCUCGGUAGUAGUAACGACCCGGAUGAGGAGAACAAAGCUCCUAAUCAGAACGUCGCCGCAUCUAUCCCCAGUCGUCAUUCUGGGCAAGCAGUGCCGACAAACAUCGCCACCAAACCCAAGAGUAGCUCUUCCUCUGGACGUAGUACUCUGUCUUCCACCCAGUUGCGAAAUCAUUGGGAGAGACGCGGAUAUGAUGUUGACGUCACCGGCAUGGCUGAUUCGUCCGGUUCUCGUGGUCAGCUUGGAAGACUGCACAACCCACGAGCCGGACGCCUCUACGAUGCACCAACUCCCCAAAAGGCGGUGCUCAAGAUCCGUUACACCGAAGAGGACAAGGAAAAAUCCAAAUAUUACCAAGCCCCAUUUGAAGUCGUUCGCGAACUCAAAGAGAUGGUAAUGGUACAGUCUCAAGAAAUAGCUCAGUUGAAGGAAGACCGAGACAAUUUAUUCAAUCUUGUAGAGGAUUUGGAAGAUCAGGUUGCAGCAGCUUCCAAACCUCCCCGUCGCAAGACGCGCUUUGGAAUGAAGACUGCUUCAACGACCAGGCACCGUAUGACCUUGCGUCGCCGCAACAAGAAUCAGAAUUGA